AUGGUAUUGCACGAAUUUGUGUCAGAAGUUGCCCAGUGCCUUACAAAAUCUGGUACUGAUAUGAAAAUUGGAAAAGGUCGACGAACAAAUUUGGAAGUAGAAAUAUCUGCAAAACGUCAACACCCCAUGUCUGGUCCGCUACCACCACGUGACAUUCGCCUAGAUAACGUUGGGCAUUUACCAGAGUAURUGAAAGAGGGAAAGCSGCGAUAUGCGGGUAUUUUGAUCAAUGGCGACCAUAAGUUAAACAUUAAAUCAGAUCACUCUAGAUUGCAAAGUACGUCUUGUAAUAAUUCAAUUAUUAUGAAUAAUAUAAAUGGAUCCAAAUCUACAUCAUUGAUUCAAAGGCCCUUGCAAAAUGUAAUACCGACAUGCGUAUAUUUGAUGUCGCGCAUUGCUGUACAUAUGGAAAUCGAAGGAACAUCUCAAUGUCCCACACAAGUAAUGCUAGCUGCUGCUUUGGGAUGUGAAGAGUUAGGUAUUGCGAACAAAUUACUAGCGCAAAGUAUUUUUGGAUUAUGGAUGACGAGUGGACUCUUAGAUAUACAAUUGAAAUCACAUCACCGACCUUACGCGGUUAGAGUAGCAUGGCAAGCUCUACUAGACAAAUUCAGCAGCGGUAAUGCAAUUGAAAAAAAAUUUGAUGAUCCCAUGAUAAUGCUUAAACGAAAUGUUUUUUUCUCAAAACGUGACGAAGAGAAAAUUAAAGACCAGCGCAUUUUAGAGUUAUUAUACGAAGAAGCCAAGUAUAAUGUUUUAUCUGGUCGAUAUGUAAUGGAAUCGUCCCAUGCUUUUAUGUUAGGUGGUAUACAGGCAAGAAUUGAAUUGGGCCCAUAUAAUUCUCAUACACACACCAUUGGUUUCCUUAGAGAAAACCAACUAAGAUUCCUACCGAAACAUGUUGCAAAGAGUAUGAGUUGGGCUUGGUUACCAGUCAGUCGAAAGAAUUCGGCUGAAGUUAAGCUUUUAGAACAACUCAAACGUGUUCCUUCAACUGCGACAACAAAGAAACUUAUGCGCAAGUAUUUGGAAUUUUGCUGGGCACUUCCAUUUUAUGGAGCUGUAUUUUUCCACGGGCAAAUGGAGCAACCGGUUCGCGGCCUAAUGAGUUUGGUUAGUCACAAAGAUGUAAGAGUUCUUAUAGCAGUCAAUGAACGUGGAAUAUUUAUUAUAGAUCCUUUAGAGUGU